AUGACCGACUCCCCAACCUGGAGUGCAUUGCUCUACCGACCUUUGGGUGCCGAUGAAAUUCGAGUCUUAUGUCUCGAGCCAAGUUCUCGUUCUGAUCCUGAUGAUUCUGAUAUGAUAUCAUGCCAAAUGCGUCCGAUUAAACUCACAGAAUUAGGUGUAUCUCAGGAAUUCGUCGACAAUGAAACAGCAUCCGAGCGGGUGUGGAGAGGUCUUAAUCCGAAGCCAUACGAUUAUACGACGCUGUUUAAACCUAGAAGGGGACUUUUUGACCGCCCUUUAAAAGCAUAUAUCAAGUCCUUGAAAGAGACUCAAAGCAGAUCCAAUGAAGCUGUUGCGCCCACUGAAAGUUUACCCCAUCUCUCAGAUAGAUAUGUUGCCUUAUCAUAUGUCUGGGGAUCCCUCGCGGACAAGAAGACAAUAUUAGUCAAUGGAAUUGAGAUGCAAGUCACACAAAAUCUACGCACUGCCCUAAUAGAAUUGCGAAAGUCGAAUUGGGUGAGAAGACGUGUUAACUUGUGGAUUGAUGCGUUAUGUAUCAAUCAGGAUGAUCUAGAUGAGCGCGAGCAGCAAGUAAAGCUCAUGAGAGAUAUCUAUGCUAUGGCAUGGCAAGUGGUAGUCUCUCUUGGUCCAAGUACUUCAAAUACGACCAUGGCAUAUACAAUAUUACACUGGCUAGCUCAUGAGAUAGGGUCGAAUGAAAAGCUGAGAGAAUUCGCUGUCAAAUAUGGCAACUUGCACCAUAAUACCGCCAAUGCAGUGGAGUCAGCCCCCUACACUUUGCCAUGGCAUGACUUUGCGUAUAAAUCUCUCCGUUCGUUUUUUGCAUGCCAAUAUUGGCAUCGUCUUUGGAUUUUGCAAGAGUUGGCCAUGGCUAGAAUGGAUGCACCUGUUAUCUGGGGAGAUCAUUCUAUGUGUCUACGCGAUAUAUGGAAAGCUUGUCAGAUGAUAGAAAGACAAGAAGAUACUGUUUUGCAAGACAUUACGACACAUACAAAUGAUGCUGAUCGGCGUACAACCAUAGCCACGAUAGAUCGACGAAUAGAAGAUCGCGAGGGAACUCCUGGACAACAGUGGAAACAUCUUAUCCGUAUUCAAAACAUGCGUGAGUGGAAUCAUGGGGGUGUCAGUACCGCUCUGCCGGCUCUUGAGUUGGCAAGACAAGCGCAAGCUACCGAUGCACGGGAUAAAGUCUAUGGGAUUCUUGCUAUACCUUGCGUGAAAGAACUGACGAAAGUAUCGCCCAAUUACCGAAUCGAGCUCCCAGAGAUAUUUACCAAUUUCACACGUGAAAUAAUCUCAAAUAAUGAUCACGGCUUGGACAUUCUCAGAUUGGUUCAUUCUCCUGUUGAUAAAAUUAUGCUAUCAUCAAUAACUGCGAAUAAUCCUCGUUGGAUGCGUAAAAUAAUAGGAGGUCGGUUCAUGGAGGUUGCAGCACCUUGUAUUCACAAACUACCCUCUUGGGUGGUUUGUUGGUCAUGCUCAGCCGCACCGGUCAUGUUUCUUCCUGGUAUUUACAAAGCAGAUCGUGGCUUCACACAUCCUUCACCUCCAGUAUUUCUUCGUGAUAACAUUAUAUCAUCACAUGCCGUCUUUGUCGACUCUAUAGCUACACUUUCAGCAUUCAACGCUCACGAGAACGAUGGAGCGUUCCCAAAGAACCAUAUCAAUGCAUCCUCGAUUCAAAAUGCAUAUGGAACCAUCGAUGGUCUCAAAGAAGCAUUCUGGAAGACUAUUGUAGCGGAUACCACGCCCAACGGCGAGAAACCUUCUCCUUCAUGGGCGGUUCUUCGCUUACCACGAUUAUGGACGGUAUUUGGUACAACCGAAGGUGGCGGUUCAGGUCUCGAUUUCAGUCUGCAUAGCUUCGCGCAACGCAAUGAGGAACUGGCCAUUUGUGGAACACAUCUGAAAGAUCUUCUAGCCGAUGCUAAAACCAUCAAGGAAAGAAAGGUAUUUAGGGAUGAAGAAAGGAGCACAAGUAAUGAUGACUUGCGGGAUUCUUCAACGUGGGCUGCCAAUGUUCUUGCGUGGAGGAGAUUGUUUGGAACUCAGAAUGGUAGGGUUGGUCUCACGGUCGCAUCUGCUAUGAUAGGUGAUUCAAUUGUGGUUCUACCUGGAUGUAGUGUUCCUCUAGUCUUGAGAAGAGACGGAACAGGUUGGAGACUUAUAGGAGAGUGCUUCGUCUAUGGGUUAAUGAAUGGGGAGACUGCAGACUUAGUGGGAAGUGGGAUGACACCGAUUGAAGAGAUAAAACUUCAUUGA